UAAUGAUGCACCGUUUAAUAUUGCGGGAACGUCGGAUUUCCGGAAGCGAUAUGGAAGACCAAAAUGUUGCAUGUCCCGUUUGUAAUAAAAAGUUUUCAUCCUCGUUCAUAACUGAACAUGUAAACCGUUGCCUGAACAAUGACAUAGAUGGCUGUAGUAAAGGUGACACUGAUCCUUCUCGGAAGAAACGGAAGUUACAUUCACCAAAUAGUGGGUGGGGUUUUCUUAUGUCAAAUGAUAAAUCCGAUAAAAGCUGCCUGUCAAAGAGACAAAAGUUGUCUCCGAGAACGGAAAUGCAAGAGAAAGAAGGAACAGUUAUAACCAUUGAUGAAGCUGAUGAUUCUGAUAUAAAAUUCAAAGUAUCUGAAAUAGUUGGUAAAAUCGGCAAAACUUCUGUUACAGAAUCUGAAAAAGUUGCUAGCAAUCCUAAAUGUGCGGCAGGUAACAGUAACCAGACUGGACCAGUUAUGGACAAUGUUGGCAACAAAGGGACAUCUGUAGAUAUGUCAAUACCUUUAGCAGAACAAAUGAGGCCUGCCUGUUUUGAAAAUUACAUUGGACAAGAUCAAGCACUGGGAAAAGAUAAGAUGUUGAGGUCCUUGCUACAAGGAGAUAACACACCAUCAAUGAUUUUAUGGGGCCCUCCUGGAUGUGGAAAAACAACACUAGCAAAAAUUGUCGCGAAGAGAUGCAAAGGCAGAUCAAGAUUUGUUCAGCUCUCAGCGACAUCUUCAGGUGUGAGUGAUGUUAAAGAAGUGAUCAAGAAUGCAAGAAAUGACUACAAGAUGUUUAAGAAAAGGACUAUUCUGUUUCUAGAUGAAAUUCAUAGGUUUAAUAAACUUCAGCAGGACAGCCUGUUACCAAAUGUUGAAGAUGGUACUAUAACAUUGAUUGGAGCAACCACAGAAAACCCUUCAUUCCAGGUGAACACAGCUCUCAUCAGUCGUUGCAGAGUUGUGGUUCUUGACAAGCUUGAUAAUGAAGCCAUCAUGACAAUUUUAAUGAGAGCUGUGGAAAAACUUCAGCUAAGAGUUGUUGAAACAGAUGACGAAUGCAAUGGAGAAAGUAGUGACAGAGGUGUAUCUAUAGAAAAAAAGGCAUUACAGUAUCUCUCAGCUAUUUGUGAUGGAGAUGCUAGAGCUGCCCUGAAUGGUCUACAGAUGACGGUACAGUCACAACUUCUGAAAUCUGACCAAUCAGAAUCUGUUUUACAACCAAAUACAUCAGAAAGAAAAUCAGGAGAAAAUGGGUACAGGAGAACUUGUGUAAAAAUCUCUGUUGAGGAUGUGAAAGAAGGAUUGCAGAGAUCACACAUUGCAUAUGAUAAAACAGGAGAGGAACAUUACAACAUUAUAUCAGCUUUACACAAGUCUAUGCGGGGAUCAGAUGAUAGUGCUGCCCUCUACUGGCUGGCCAGGAUGAUGGAAGGGGGAGAAGAAAUAUUGUAUAUAGCAAGACGGUUAAUAGAAUUUGCUAGUGAAGAUGUAGGUUUAGCUGACCCUCAAGCAUUGAUGUUAGCAGUGUCUACCUACCAGGCUUGUCAUUUCAUAGGAAGACCAGAAUGUGAGAAACCUCUAGCUGAGUGUGUGAUUUACCUGUCUAGAGCUCCAAAGUCAAUCGAGGCAUAUAAUGCUUACAGUAAGGCAAAAGCUUGUGUGCAGAAUCAUCAAGGCCCUCUUCCUGGAGUACCUUUACAUUUGAGAAACGCUCCGACAAAACUUAUGAAAAAUAUUGGUUAUGGGAAGGGAUACAAAUACAACCCAGCACAUAAAGGACCAGUGGAGCAAGAAUAUUUCCCAGAAUGUUUAGCUGGAACUAACUUCUUUAAAUGAAGCCUUAUGUACAUGGAGAACCUUUAAAAAUAACAAUUAUUAUUGUAUCAAAUUUUUAUUAGCCCACCAUCAUCAGAUGGUGGGCUAUUAAAAUCACUCUGCGUCCGUGGUCCGUCCGUCCAUCAUUCCGUCCGUCCGUGCGUCCGUCCGUUAACAAUUUCUCGUUAUCGCAUCUCCUCAGAAACUACUGGGAGGAUUUUGACCAAACUUUGUCAGAAUGAUGUAUUGGUACCCUAAAGUCUGUUCCAUUCCAAAGGUUUACCCCAACUUUGGAGUCAUAUGACAAAACUACGACAAUUACCGGCAAAGUAAACAUGGUUUGAUAAACUAAAAAAAAGUCACCCUCGAGAAAUUUAACGAUUUUUUUCUGCUUUGCCAAAUAUCCAAAUAAAUGACAAAUUUAUAUUUUCAACGGCAGUCUCCCAUUGUAAUUUCUUGUCGCCAUUGGAGUUUGCUCUCUAAAUUUGAAGUAUUGAGGGAAAAUUCUCGUGAAUUUUAUCGGGAGCGACUCAAAACUCAUUUCGUUCACAAUUCCCUACAAGUGAAUGCAUGAGUGAAAUGAAAUUUUGUGUUUAAAAAACAUGUUAUUUAGAUCUAGAAAAAAUGUAAAUUGACUCACUUUUAACCUAUCAAAGUUGUAAACACUCCAAAAUUCUUCCAAGUCUUCAAUAGCUCUAUCCAAUCCUCAAUGAAUCAGUUGUAAACAAACAAGCUCUUUUACACAUCGAUGAAAUUCAGGCAUCAAUCGCACCAUGCCCUUGAAACGAUGACUUGUUCAAUUUAACAUCAUUUCCAAACGCAUGGUUCAAAGAUAACCUGUAUUUUAGCAUCCUUAAUGAAGUAUUUACAGUCCGCCACAUAUCCAAUUUCUUUCACAAUGAACACAAUAUUCACCCUAUCGAGUCCCGGUUGUGUAUGCUUCUUUUUCUUUGAAAGAAACUUAUGACGUAUGAGAUAAAUGACGUAGUAUUGCUGGCACUAUGCAGAUUUAUAUGAGGCGCACAAGGGAAAAUUUACAUAGGUGUACAAUCAGCCGAUAGAAGAUAGAAAUCUUGACGUGUGUUAUGCUACACACUGGUUAUUCGGGUACCUACUCGUGUGAGCGAUACCGCCCUCGUGUGAUUAAUGUACAUGUUGGUGAACAGGAAAUUCACACCUAUGACAGGUAAUUAUUCCGUAUUUUACUGAAGAUUUG